UGGGAAAAUUUCUAAGAUCAUCUUACAAUAUAAAAGAGAGAGCCAACGUAGUAGUUUUUGCAAAAGUUUUCUUAUUGUCUUAUUUAUUUUCUUGAAAAAUUAUUGUCUUCUUCUCUCUCUCUUUUCACUUUGUUUCUAUCAAAUAAAAAAGGUCGGCUACUACUUCUACUCUACUAGCAAGCACAUGGCAUCUGGAAGUUUUACUGGUGAAGAACACUCCCAUAAAAGAUCACAUGAACAAUCUAAGUUGUGCGGCUGUAGAGUGGAUAAAUUGGCCCAAGAUCUAACCCAAGUCAAGUCUUCGAUUGAAGAAAUGAAAUCUUCACUCAAAGAGAUGACAGAUGUAUUCAAGUCCGUACAAGCCCAUCUGCCUCAAUUGCUAAUAUCUACCCUGCCUUCAAACGCAAGCUCAUUGCCUCACCAGACUGAGUCAUCUGCAUCAUGGAACUUUCAAUUAUGCUUUGAGGGAGAAAUGCCUGAUUCACUAUUAACCAAGAUCAAUAUAGAAGAUGAGGGUGCUUCACUUACACUGCAGUUACAUGAUGAUUCCGGUGAAGAGGUAGUAGAUGGCCCGGAAUCUUCUUUGAAGGUUGAGUUGGUUACUCUUGAUGGGGAUUUCGACGUCGAAAAUAGAGUUGAUUGGACAGAGGAGGAUUUCAAAAGCUAUGUUCUCAGCCCAAGGACAGGUAAAGGCGCAUUAUUGAAGGCGGAGAGCAGCUGCAAGCUUUCAUUGAGUGGAGGGUGUGCUACUAUUCGUGGCAUAUCUUUCACGGAUAACUCAAGCAAAGUAGCAGCAAAUGGGAAAUUCAGGUUAGGUGCUCAUGUCAUAACAAAUCCUUCCUCUGGAAGGGUUGUAAGGCCAGCAGUAAGUAAGCCCUUUACGGUGAAGGAAAACCGCCUCAAAGCUGAUCGAAAGCAUCGUAAUCCAUCUCUAGAAGAUGAUUUGUGGCGUUUAUUUAACAUAAACAAGACUGGGAAAGUUUAUGGUAGAGCAGCGGGUGAAGGAGUUUGUAAGGUCAAGGAUUUCCUAAAACUGUAUCACACUGAUGAAAAGAAACUGCAAGAUAUUCUAGGUGUUUAUGGUAAGAAGUGGGCAGAAACAGUAAAACAUGCUAGAUCAUGCAGCUUAACCAACGAGCAUUACCAGUAUUACGAUGAUGCAUCAGGGGAUUAUCUCAUAUUAGAUUGUGUAUUCAAGAUUAAGAGCGUUACAUUCAAGGGUCAAAUAUGCCAGCUUUAUGAAUCCCUUGAUUUUACCCAGAAGAAAAGAGUUGGUAAAUUAAGGGAAGCUGCAUAUGAGAAACGAAAUGAACUUCCAACAUUUGAUGCAGCUACCGAUCAAAUACCAGUUCAAUCAGGAUUCGUGUACCCAUCUAGUGUUCAAGAGCAACAGCAACCAGUAGCACCACCACCCAAUAUGUGUCCCAAUGCAGGGGAGCUCUCGGUAGGUACUUAUUAGAUGCAUUGUUAUCCAACCACCAAUAUGCAGAAUCCUUGUUCCACAGCAGCAUAUCCAGGUAUGUACAUAUGACAACCAAUUAGAUAGAGAAAUUGUCUAGGGGAACCUUCAUGAUAAUAUGGGAAUACGAAUCAAUUGGAAGAAAUGCUGUCGUUUUUAUUACUCCUAUUUACUAAGGGUGCGUCCCUUCACCUCAAAAAAAUAUGUUUCACGUCUAGUAAGUCUAUAUUAGUCUCAAUACGUUCUAACAGCUUAUAAUAAUCUUCAAUAAGUUGAAACAAGUUUGACAUAGAAAAGUUGAAGAAAAACAUACCUUUGCCUCCUUUGUUGAAAACGUGAAAAGUGCAAUUGCAUGUUAAAGCACCCCGUAGAGACAGUGCAAUUAUUCCUCAUUUUGGCAAGUUUGGUUUUUCUUUUUCUUCAAAUAAAAACAUACCAUAAAAAUAGCCAAUUUCACUUCCACUGAAAGCUUAUGGCAUCAAUUAUGCUAAUGUAGAGUCACUAAAAACUAAAAAGUGAGUAAAGUCCUUCUCAGAAAUUAAAAUGGUCGUGCCAAAUCUAUGCUAUGAUGAUGUAUCAAUGUCCUCUCCUAAUGUUGGUUUGAUCAUCUUUCUUUGUAACUGUUGGCACUAUUCUUCGAGUUGCAGUACAAUCGUGGCCAACGACGAAUUUUACUACAUCAGCAUGCUUAAGUACUGAUCCGUAUGGGGUAAGUUAGCAAUUAAAGUUUAUUAUGGACCAAAUAUGAGAGCUAGAUCAUGGGACAUGGAACCGAUGUCAACUGAACACUUGGGAAGAACAAGAUACAGCCAUGAGUAGGAGUGGUUACGGAUGAUUAUGCAUGCAGCUGUAUCUAAUAUUAAUUUCCGCACUACAAUUAAGACAAGAGAAUAAUUACCGUUAAAUUGAUAACCCUUCUGUCUUAACAGGGAUAUGAUACAAGUCUUGCAAAUCAAUACCUGACUCAACAACCAGUAAAUUAUGCAUUGCCAAAUGAAACUCUUGGCCCAGCUCGCAAUUCAUCUAUUAACUUGCAGUAUUGUGGUGCCCGACAAGAAAAUCCAGGUGAUUCGCAGAGACUGGAAAACGAUAGUUGUCAUCUAGACACGUUGUCACUUUCCGACAUUUUCCUCAAUGUUUCUGACUUCUGUGAUGGUCUUGGGGAAGAGUCCAGGAAGAGCCAAUAUCGACUCCGGUGGUGUCAUUUAAGAGCUAUUGUAGUAAGCGGCAUUUGUAGGAUGAGGAAAUCGACGAAUGCAGUAACAAGUAGCAGACCUGAAAAGAAACAGAGGGUUGUUUACUAACAAGCACAUGUGGUUGCAACUUGCAACUGCAAGAUUAGAUGGUUUUAUUAUGUUAAGAUAGCAAUUUCAUGCAGCUUUGUUUUUGAACACGUAAAGAAAUUUCUUUCUGUUUAUUUGUGACUGUGAGAAUAUAAAGAAUCUCAUAUCUUUGAGUCAUUUAGAGAUGGCCUAAUUGUAGUUACCUGGUCUUUUCAACUAAUUGUAAUGGUAAGAACUAACUGCAAUUAGGUCAUUCCUAAAGGACUCUCAGAUUGCUUUAAAGAGGUCUGUGUACUGUUAGUAUAUUGCAAUCUAGUAAUGUGAAAACUUGUAAAGCUGUAUAUAUUUCAAAAUGUGUCAUUCUCAAGUACUUCUAUAUUUCAAUUUUCCAGAAAUGUUAGUUUGUGGCU